AUGGACGGCGAAGAUUGGGAUCCAGCGACCAGACGGCCUUCCUCCAACAUCAUGGACUACAACUACCCUCAGCCCGAAGUCGAGCAGACUCAGCACAGCACUUCACCUCUGGCCCGAAUGGCCUCACAAUCACACAAUAACCGCUUUCACUCCUCGCGACACGGCAAGAACCCCGUACGACCGCGAAUAACGACUCCUUCAUCAUCUGCCAGCCAUAUUCCUACCAUGCCUAUACCCAUUCCUACCAACCCGAAUGUCAUACCCGGGAACACUUUACCUUCUGCUCCGGCGAGCCCACCGACGCCCGCGCCGAGUCCGACGCCACAGCAGCGAGUGCCGGAUUGGAGUACUGCAGAUCCGCGCGAAGAGAUUGGGGAGCUGGAUCUGAAUGAUGAUGAACUGCUUGCACAAGCCAGCGCGACCAACUCCACCAGAAGUUACAGCUCCGGUUACAGACAUCUGCGUAAUGAGUUCGCGAACAUGGACAACCCCGAGCGAGAACGUUUGCUCAGUGAACUGCUGAACAUGUGUGAUGGCAAGACGCUGGGAUUCGUUGCGCAGUAUGUGGGACCUAGGCUGAAGAGGGAUCCUUUCACAACACUACCGAACGAGCUAUGUCUACGGAUAUUGACCUUUAUCGAUGACGCAAGGACAUUGGCGAGGAGUUCCCAGGUCAGCAAGAGAUGGCGUGAAUUGGUGAGUGACGAUAUGGCUUGGAAGAGCUUGUGCGAGCGACAUGCGUACAGGAGAAUGUCGGAUGAGACACCAGCGUCACCCCCACGACCGAUACUGCGCCCAGCAGAGUAUCAUAAUCCGCAACACCAGCAUCCAUACGGAUAUCAUGGCUUCCUACAACAGCACAGCAACUCCUUCGUGGGUUUGUCAUCGAGCGCACCCGAUUUGACACGACGAGUGAGUAUGAGUGCAGUACCGUCAGCGCUCCCGCCCACGCUUGCCGCAAGAGGAUUUUCCUCGAAGAAAGGACGAAGACCCAAAGCCCUCAGCUAUCGAAGUCACUUCAAGCAGCGAUACCAGGUGGAGACUGCCUGGCGACAUGGCGGCGAUGUGCAAACACGGCAAAUCACGCCUGAUCAAGGAGUAGUGACCUCUUUGCAUCUCACGCCGGACUAUAUCAUCGUUGCUCUUGAUAACGCCAAGAUUCACGUCUUUGAUACUGAAGGUCGGCAUUUGAGGUGUUUGCAAGGCCAUGUCAUGGGCGUAUGGGCCAUGGUUCCGUACCAGAAUACUCUUGUCUCCGGCGGUUGCGAUAGGGACGUGCGAGUCUGGGACCUCACAACAGGCAUGGCUCAACACAUGCUGCGAGGCCACACUAGCACUGUGCGAUGUUUGAAGAUGAGUGGACCCAACAUCGCCAUAUCUGGUUCGAGAGACACGACGCUGCGAGUGUGGGACAUUCGGAAAGGUAUCUGCAAGCACGUUCUGGUAGGACACCAAGCCUCUGUGCGCUGCCUGGAAGUUCACGGCGAUCUGGUCGUCUCGGGAUCGUACGACACUACCGCCAGGAUCUGGUCGAUAAGUGAAGGACGCUGCCUGCGUUCUCUGCAAGGACACUUUAGCCAAAUCUACGCAGUGGCGUUUGACGGCCGUCGUGUUGCGACCGGCUCGCUUGAUACCAGCGUGCGGGUGUGGGAUGCUCGGGAUGGUCGUUGUUUGGCGCAAUUACAGGGUCACACCUCGCUGGUCGGCCAGCUGCAGCUUCGCAAUGACACUUUAGUGUCUGGUGGUAGUGAUGGGAGUGUAAGGGUCUGGAGCUUGCAGACGUACUCUGCUGUGCAUCGCCUGGCGGCUCACGAUAAUAGCGUCACGAGUCUGCAAUUUGAUGACAGCCGCAUUGUUUCUGGUGGUAGUGAUGGCAGAGUGAAGGUGUGGGAUCUGCAUCGUGGCACUUUGGUCAGAGAGCUUGGUAGCCCUGCUGAGGCGGUGUGGAGGGUCGUGUUUGAGGAAGAAAAGGCUGUCGUGCUCGCGAGCAGAAACGGCAAGACGGUCAUGGAGGUCUGGAACUUCGCACCACCUCCCGAAAUCGACGAUACCUCCACCCUCGCCUCCACCUCCACCGCCAGCAGUCCAGGCAUCCAACCUUACGAAGACCCCACAUACGGCGACCGUCCUUUAUACGACGAUCUCGAAGAACACCCCGGGUUCGACACUUCAUCAAUUCAGGAACGAGAGAGGAUACGGCAAGAGGUGCAUGCGGCGAAUCUGGAGAUUGAACGCCAGCAAGAGCGGGAAAGGACAAAGGAGAUGAUUCAACAGCAAGAUGAGAUUAUGACGGAUGCGUAUGGACGGCUAGGGCAGCAGGGAGGCUCGCAAGGGCAGGGUCAUGAGCAUGAGCGUGAUGAUGAGGGUGGAAAUGAUGAGAAUGUUGCUCCCACGACUGAAGAGUUGACGGAAUAG